AUGCAAGAGCAGGUGGAAAGGCCCUCUAAGGGACCCAAGUCCCAAUUUCAGACUGAACAUCAAAUCCCAAUCGAGCAUCACAAAAAGCCCGGUUUGCAGGCUGAAAUGGAGAAUCCAAAACCCACGUCAACACAAAUUCCGACGGAGGAUAAUGGCUACCAGACUUACAAGGCAGCCGGAAAGCUGUCAGGAAAGAGAGCUAUCAUAACCGGCGGCGAUUCAGGAAUUGGACGUGCGGUCGCUAUUCUGUUUGCCAUGGAAGGCGCGUCUAGCUUGAUCACAUAUCUGCCUGAAGAGGAGAAAGAUGCACAGGAGACAAAACGUCGAGUGGAAGAAGUAGGCCAAAGUUGUUUAUGUCUAGCAACAGACCUGCGGGAUAAGAAAAAUUGCAAAAUGGUGGUCGAAACGGCUCUUCACAACAUGGGCGGCAUUGACAUUCUGGUGAACAACGCUGGCACCCAAACCAUGCUCGACGACAUCAAAGAUUUGGAGGAAGCACAAUGGGAAAGCACAUUUGACACGAAUAUUCAUCCCGUCUUUUAUCUGUCAAAGUAUACGAUCCCUUACCUGAAGAGUGGAUCGACGAUUAUCAACUGCGCUUCAGUCAAUCAUUAUAUUGGGCGUCCCGACUUGCUUGACUAUACUUCAACGAAGGGUGCAAUCGUUGCAUUCACCAGAGCGCUUUCUAAUCAGCAAGUGAAGAAUGGAAUACGUGUAAACUGCGUGUGUCCUGGACCAGUCUGGACUCCACUGAUACCAGCAACAAUGACAAGCUCCGCUAUGGAGCAAUUUAGUGGCACACCGAUGGGUCGCCCGGGACAACCGAGUGAGGUUGCAACAUGCUUUGUCUUCCUGGCAAGUCAAGACAGCAGUUUUAUCUCAGGUCAAAGUUUGCACCCCAACGGCGGAGUCGUGGUGAACGGAUGA